AUGACUAGUAUGCAAGAAAAUUUCCACAAGAAAAGGACUUCACUGUUUACCCUAACAAUAAGCAACAAAGACACACUUUUACAUGUUGCAACUAAAGCAGGACAGUUGAGAUUUGUAUGUGAGCUAUUUGAACAAAAGCCUGACUUAUCUCAAGAACUGAAUGAGGAUCGAUAUAGGCCAAUGGACAUAGCUACUGUAGUUGUGAAUGUGGAGAUUGUUGCAGAACUCAACAAGAACAAUCAUGGAAAUUGUCGUCUCAAAGGCGAAGAUCCAAGAACACCACUUCACCAUGCUUCUCUUGAAUAUGUGAGUGCUUACAACGAGACCGUGCUUCACCUUGCUGUGAAGAAUCAUCAAGUUGAUGCCUCUGGUGUUCUUGCCCAGUCAUUGAAAAGUUUCAACAAGGAAAGAGUCAUAAAUUGGUGUGCUACCAAUGGAAAUACUGUGUUGCAUCUUGCAAUUUCUCUAAAACAAAAGGAGAGUGUUGAGCUUCUCUUGGAAAAUUCUGGGGCUUUGGAGGUGAAUGACAUAAACUCGAAGGGUUAA